UUAUUUAUAUAGAUAUAUAAGAAUUGGUUUCAUUGUUUAUAUGCAUACUUGAAAUUCCAUGCUAUUAGCUUUAAUUGCAGGCUUGUCUCCUACGAUUUUAGAGAGCAAAGAGAUUAUGUAUCUCUUAUCGUGGACUCUAUAUAGUAAUUGAUAGGCGUGUGUGCCCUAUAAAAGACGCAUUCAUUCCAGCAGAUGCACUGCAGUUCCUGCAUCGCUCGACGCUCAUACAUAAAUAUGGAUAGCAAACAAUUUGCAAAGCUUAAACGAAUGGACGAUAGUAUAAAGCUGACGAAGGAGAAGGACUGCGCGGUCUACACCACCGAAGUGUUGGAAAUGGACAACAGUGAGGACGAACCCGAACAGCCAAUGGCAACCGAGCGCGAUACUUGGGGCAAGGGCGUUGAGUUUCUGUUCUCAUGCAUUGCGUUGAGCGUGGGCCUGGGCAACGUUUGGCGUUUUCCAUUUAUAGCUCUGGAGAACGGUGGCGGUGCAUUCCUGAUACCCUAUCUGGUCGUGUUGCUGUUGGUGGGUCGUCCGAUUUACUAUCUGGAGGUGAUCAUGGGACAGUUCAGCAGUCGCGGCUGCAUAGGCGCUUUCGAUAUAGCACCCAUUUUUAAAGGUGUUGCCUUUGGGCAGGUGUAUUCAACAGCUUUGGCUACCACAUACUAUGCCUGCAUCAUGGCUCUGACUAUACGUUAUUUGGUGGUCUCCUUCUCCGAGGUGUUGCCCUGGACGUAUUGCCUCACCGAGUGGGGCGCUCAGUGCUUGGCAACCGGAGCUACAGGCUUCAAUAGCAGCAAUACCAACACAUCUACUCAAGGAAAAUCCUCAGCUGAGCUAUAUUUUACUCAGACUGUGCUACGUGAACCGGAAAGUUUGGACGAGGGUCUCGGCACGCCCAGCUGGGAAAUGGUCAUGUGCCUGUUGGUCACUUGGAUCAUCAUAGCUCUGACCCUGUUCAAGGGCAUACGCAGCUCGGGCAAGGCAUCCUACUUUCUGGCACUCUUUCCCUAUGUGAUUAUGCUGAUACUAUUGGUCAGAGCGCUAACAUUGCCAGGCGCCUGGAAUGGCAUUAUCUACUUCAUACAGCCGCAGUGGAGCCAGCUGCUCAAUCCGCAUGUCUGGUAUGCGGCCAUAACGCAAAUGUUCUUCUCCCUUGCCAUUUGCUUUGGCACGCUGGUCAUGUACGCCUCCUUCAAUGACUUCAACAAACGCGUGCACAAGGAUGUCAUCAUAGUCACUACUAUAGAUUCGUUUACUUCCAUUUUGGCUGGGUGCAUCAUCUUUGGCAUUCUCGGCAAUUUGGCCUACGAGACUAACGUCACGGACAUAUCGAAGGUGGUGAAGGGCGGCGCCGGCUUGGCCUUCAUCUCGUAUCCGGAGGCCAUAGCCAAGUUUAAGUAUUUGCCGCAAAUGUUCGCUGUGCUCUUCUUCUUUAUGCUGCUAGUGCUGGGCAUUGGCAGCAAUAUUGGCAUGGCCUCCUGUGUGAUCAAUGUGGUCAAGGAUCGCUUUCCCCACUUGCAGCACUGGCAGCUAGCCAUAGGCGCCUCUGUUGUUGGAUUCCUUUGUGGACUUGUCUACAUGACGCCCGGAGGACAGUUCGUACUGAAUCUGGUAGACUUUUAUGGCUGCACCUUCAUUGCCCUGGUGAUGGCCAUAGCUGAACUGUUUGCUAUCUCCUGGAUCUAUGGUGUCAAGCGUGUGUGCAGCGAUAUAGAGUUCAUGCUGAAUGUUAAGACUGGCUUCUAUUGGCGCAUCUGCUGGGCCAUUAUGGCGCCGGGCUUAAUGUUCCUUGUGCUCAUCUAUAUGCUGGUCAGCUAUGAGCCGCUGACAUAUAAGGGCGUCGAGUAUCCAGAGUCAGCCUACAUGGCUGGCUGGCUCAUCUGGGGCCUGGGCGUGGCACAGCUGCCCUUCUGGGCGCUCUACACAAUUUACCAGCAACCGGGUCACGGUUUUCUCACCAAAUUUCGACUUGCUCUGCAGCCCACCAAGGAUUGGGGGCCACGGCAGCCACAGCAGCUGCAGGCAUAUCUGCUGCACCGCCAGAAAGUCAUGAGCUCUAAACAGCGACGCGGUGGCUUCUUUUUCGACAAUAUCUUUGGAUAGCUCCGGAACUAAACCGUGUCUACAGGGUAUCAAGGAGCGAUCAAAGCAAUGCGAGACUAGUUUGAAAAUACUCUUG